AUAUCAAAGGCGUGUGACUUUCAAACUGUUGGUAUGUGUACUUAAAAAGCCAUCAACACCGUUACUUUUAAUAGAGAAACGUGGCACGACUAAAAGCGUUGAGUGCAAGGAACGCAUGGCACUCUGAAGAACAUACGGAGUAAUCAGUUCACUAUGACAAGUCCAUCAGUUAACCAUACAGGACGGGUUUGUAGUUAUCCAGGCUGCAAAUCACUGAGCUAAAGAAACACAGUAUUAAAAAGUUAACAAAUUCUAGAAAAAAAUACUUGAAGAUGUCAUUAAAAAUUUUGAGAAAACUUGGCGAAGGAGGUUUUGGUAAAGUGUAUCUUUUUCAGAACACCGAUGAGUACAAGUAUGCUUUGAAAGUGGUGUCAUUAAAGGGUUAUUAUGAUAUAGAGCAAGCGAAGGAAGAGGGUCGAAUUAUGAUGAAACUUUGUCAUCCCCACAUUAAUCAGUGUGUCUUUGUGGAGCCAAUUGGUACGUCCAACCUGUGCAUGGCUUUGGAGUAUUGUAUAAAUGGCACCUUGGCUAGAAAAAUAAAACUAUCUCGUAUCGAGGAACCACUCGCAGUAAUGUGGUUCACCCAGAUGGCCGAUGCAAUACAGUACCUACAUGAACAACAUAUAAUACAUCGAGAUAUCAAACCCGAAAACAUCUUGUUAACUAGCAGAGACCAAAUCAUGGUUGGCGACUUAGGUGUUGCUAGGAAACUAAAAGAUACUCUACAAAGUGCUCGUACUUGUAUAGGAACACCAUGCUACAUGAGCCCACAAAUACAAAAAGGGCAACAAUACACUAGUAAGACUGAUGUUUGGAGUCUUGGGUGUGUUUUUCAUGAAGUACUGUCACGGAGAGCACCAUUUAAUUAUACAAUGCAUAUGCCGAUUGUUGAAGGAACAACUCCACCAUUGCCAGAUAAUUAUAGCGAUGCACUGAGGAAUUUUAUCUUUAGAGUUUUGACACGAGAAGAAAUCGGAAGGCCUUCUGCCAGUGAAGUUUUCAUAUUUUGUAAGUUAUUACUUCCUGGUGAAUAUCAAAGAAUUAAGCGCAGAAGGUUGGAACCUAUCCAUCUAGAUAAACAAGAAAUUAGAAAAGCUCUGCGGAUCUACGAUGGUACAGUACUAAGUGAAGACUAUUUGGAUUCUGAAAAAUCCAUAAGUUUCAGUGAAUCUUCUGAAAAAUCCAAAAGUUUCAAUGAAUCUUCUACAAAAUCCAAACGUUUCAAUGAAUCUUUUGUAGACACCAACAGUUUCAGUAAAUCUUUUUCUCAAUCAGUGUCAUUAAAACCAGACAAAUAAAAUUCAAUAUUUCAAUAAUCAACAUUCUCAAAAUACGCAAUCUCAUUGGUUCAGUAGUCCAGUAACUGAAUACGAAAAGGAAACUACAUUUGUAAACAUAAACCAAUGUUUCACUUUAGCCAAAAAAACCACAACCAAGUAACAUAAUUUUAUUUUAUAAAUAUUACUUCCUCAUGUAUAAACCGAAAGCUAGAAACCAUAGUUUUAUUCUAUUUCUUGCUUGUAAUGCUUCAAUGUUUUAACUAGUCUUUCAAGAAAGUGAACUUUGCACAAUCGAUGUUUUUAUAAUAGUCCUGCUAACAUAAAGUGAUAGGCAUAAUGAUCAUAAACAUCUAUUAAUUCAACUUUUGAAUACCAAAAUAAAAACACACAUUAAAAUCUAGUGCAAGACAUCCUGACAAAUAGUUUACAAAAUCGGAAGUAAAAAUGGAAUUCUAAGAUGAUAUUUUAAUUAUUUAUAAAGGUCUUAUUCUGUGCCGUCAAUUAAAUUGUACAAAAUCGUUAGAGCUGUUUUCGAAAUACUUUUUCAUCUAGAUUUCAUCAAUCAAGAAUUUGCUAGCUAAUAAAAUGAAUUUUACAACAAGAACAAUAUGUUCAAGAAAAUGCGGUUUUACUUUCUAUUUCUAUUAAAAAUAUAAAUAUAGUUUAAAAAUAGAACAACACUAUUUUGUAAUUAUAGUUUUUAUAAAACAUAUUUUUUAAAUAUAUGACUCAUAGAUCUAUAUAUAAUAUAUCUAGACUGGACAUGGAGAUCUUUUAACACUACAAAAAUGUCGUGAAAAACUUUUUAAAAAGAUGAAACAAGGCGUUGUUUUGUAAAGUAAUUAUAAGAAGUAAAGUGUUUUUGUUUUUUUACCCUAAACUAUGUAAAAUAUAAUGUUCAUAUCUAGAUCUAGUGACUAAACAUCGAAAUUAAGAGCACUCUCGUCUCAUAAUUAUUAUUUUGCAAUUUUAGAUACAUAAAAACAUUAUCCAUCUAUUGAAAUGUACAUAAGAUCAAUAAAAUCAAUAGACGUGAAUUAUUUCGAUCUAGGACUAUUAUGUAUCAUCUUAAUGGAAACUAACAGGAAAUGGCUUUUUUUUUCAUAAAUUCACGUGUAAAUAUAGUUCUGUGAUUAAUACUUAAUUAUCUCUAUAUAUAGGUUUCUGAGUUGAUCAAUCGCGGAUUAAAAUUUGCAUCCGUUUUCCAGUCUAGAUAAAAUAUAUAAAGAUCUGUGAUGAUAAUAUCUUUUUUUACUAUUUGAAAAUUACUUGACGUAUUCAAACAAUCAUCCGAAACAAUAUACAAAAAAAAUCUUUAAGUUCAAAACGAUUAAACGUUUUAUAGUCUAAAACGGCUUUAACGAUUUUCCUAAGAAUUCGAUAAGCUAUUAGUCUGUAUUCAUGAUUUUGCGAAAUUCAUUGGAAAGAUUUUUUUUAAUUCAUGAAGUAUUACAAGUAUUGAAUAUAAUGAGAACGCAUAGUCCACAACGAGCUACAUUAAAGUACAAAAUUAUUUUUUAAGCAUUUUAUAUUACUUGUUGGGGUUGUAAAUGUAAAAUAUCUUAUUUUUUGUACACAAUUAGCUUGCAUGUAUGAUGUAUGUCAUGCGGAUAUUGAGCUGAUUCUUUGUUCAAUGCUUCUAUUUUAAAAACCAUACUAUUUUUAUUCCAAAUAUGAGAAUAUCAUUGCUUCUUGUGUUUUGGUUUGGAUGGCUUGUUAUUGCUGGAGCUUCUUUUUUUGUGGUUUAUCUAGAAUUGGGUAAGUUAAGUUUUAUGGUACAAUCUUCAUUCUUCUUUUUUUUUUUUUGUAGCUCCAAAUUAAUUGUCAUUAUAAUCUAGUGGAGUGGCGAUCACAAGAAAACAGGCUUGGAACUCCGUGGUAGUCAAGCUUAACUUGAGUCUAUCUUUGUAUGGACCAUAUUUGGUCGAUGUGCAUGGGUUGUAGUUGGUUGUGAGCCACGUGAGCUGACAUUGUGAUUAAGGUGCGCCUUCAUACUACCUAUGUUACAUCACAUUACCUCACAUAUCCCUUUGUCUGUUGGACCACACAAGAUUAAUCAAUUGUUUUUCUCCAUUCCUCUAAAUCUUUUGUCCUGCAUACAACGUCUUUCAUUGGCCGGCCCGUCCAUUCUUUUUAUAUUGUCUUUCCAUCGCUUUCUUUGUCUGCUUCUUCUUUUUCUGGUACUGUUCUCUGAAGGAAGGUCUUUGCAAGCCCCUUGUAAUAUGGCCAUAGAGUUUUAAAUUCCGUUUUAUUUUUGUACGAUAGUUAGCAGGUCAUCUUUGGGUCCAAACGCUGUAGUAAGUCUGUCACUGAUCUCAUCGUUUGUGAUGCGGUUUUUGAAAGUGAUACCAAAAAUCCUUCAGCUCUGCAGUCAGCGUCCAAGACUCACGAACUUAUAAGAAUGUGGCCUUGACCUGGGAGCGAACCAGUCUGAUUUUAGUGUAUAGGACUAUGCCUUUGUCUUUCCAGAUUGUUUUGUGCUAUUUGCGCCAAUAGUUCAGGUUUGGUUUUUUGAUCUUAGAAAAUAUCUCCCAAGGCAUUUAAAGCUACUGACACUUGUCAGCUUUCGACACCAUUGCCGAUGCCCCUUUUAAAAUCCUGUUGGCUAUUGGUCAUUAUUUGAGUUCUUUCGUCAUUUUUUAGCUUACCAUAUGCUAUGUAUAUCUUAUCUAUAUGCAUCAAUAAGUCGGGUCGUUCUUCUUCUGUCCCUGCUAGGCCAUCAAUGUCAUCUGCGAAGCGCGAGUUAGUACUUUUUCUUCCUCCAUUGCUUACAGAUUCUUCGUAGCCCUCGGGAGCAUAUUUCAUUAUUUUUUUCAAGGAAGAUAUUAUUAUAUAUUUGUACAUAAGUCAGGCUAAUAAAAAAUAGUAUUUAAUAUGUUAUAUUAACUACUCUAGAUCUGAUUGCUAUGAAUAACUAUCAUUCAUGCCAUUAAGUAAUAUCAUAUGAUAUCAUUAAAUCUUUGUUACGUAACCACUUGUGGUUAACUAUUAUAUGUUAGCCUAUUGGCUUUACUUGUUCACUUGUUUACUUAAGUAAUGUACUAAGUGAUUUACUGUCAGGGGUGUACUGGAAGAGGGGACAACCCUGACAAUUUAUGCAAUAUUUUUUCUCUUUGUUGUGUUUAGAUUAACUAAUUACCUAAAAAAAAACAUUCAGAAGAGGAAUUCCGAAAAAUCGUUAGGCAUUAUUUUGUUGUUCCCUUCAAAAGAAACGGAAUAAUAUAAUCCUAGUAUCCCCCAAGCUAUUUAUCACCCAUUGUGGGGUUCAAAGUAAUCAUUCACUUGAGCGAGGAAUCGUGAUACAUGUAUUAAUGAAAUCGUUCUGGAUGACGCCAAUAAGGAAUACAAUCUUCCAAUUACUUCAAACGGCUUAGUUAGAACAACGCAAAAAUAAUGAUUGUUUUUUUUUUUAAGAUAUUUUUUUUAAAUCACUUGUUUUUUAUUUAUAUCAUGAAAAGAGAAUAUAAAAAUCUGCUCAUAAGACCAAAGUGAAUUAUUUUUCCCAAAUCUUCACUAAUUGCUAACUUAUUAUUGUAAAGUUGAAACACGCAAACCAAUUUAAGGUAUAUUUAAUAUAUAUUUCGCAUGUAAUGUCAAUGAGAAAUGGGCAUAUGGACGUAUAUUUUGUGCGCUGUAAUGCACAUGUGUAAAACUAAUUUCCUCACGGAUAAUACAGAGAAUUAUUUUUUUAAAAUUAUUAUUAUUUCUAAUAUCGUAAGUUUUUUUUUUUAAUGUAUAUGUUUGUGUAUUACAUUUAUACUUGUCAUUAUAAUAAUGAAAUAUUUAUUUGUAUAAAAAAAUUGUUUACACGGUUUACUUUUCUUUAAAAAUUCAAAAUUUGUCAUGACUUAAAAUAUUUAUGAUGAUUACAUAAUGAUAUGUAUAUAUUUAAGUAUCAUUAAAUAUUCAAUUAUA